AUGACCGUAAGGAACCUGCUGCAUGACUCUGUGAACCGUGAACCGUUUACAGCCCGAUUCAUCACCUGCAGCGUGUCAACAGAGAUCUGCAUCCAGGCCGGUGUAGGGGGGACCGUGGUUGAGUUCGGCGAAGCUGCCUAUGGUGUACGACAAGUCUUUGCCACGUUCUCGCUGCUCUCGCGGCUCUUAGUCUCCGUAUACACUCAUGAGUUAAAAUUGACAUACGACGAAAGCCAAAGCUUUGAGAAGCACACACCUAUCAUUAGCAGGUUGUCCCCUGCCCGAUUAUACACGUCGGAAACUUCGUAG